UCCCCGGACCCCCACCACCGAGUACUGUCAGCAUAUAUGGCAAUGCCGGUGAUCCCGAUCCCAUUGCCAGGCAGGCACAGAAUCCAGCGCCCGACACAGACAGGGAGCGACCACAUCUCUUCUCCCGAGCAGCACGUCACGUGCCACGGACAGGGGUCAAGCCGAGCGCUCGCGGUCCGGUCGCCAAUGUCGGCGGCGGGCGGCAGCCGCGCCACCUUCUCGCUGCCCGCGGCGGCAGCGACGCUGCUGCUGGCGCUGGCACUGGCAGCAGCAGCAGCAGUGUCGGCGGCGGCGGCGAGCGGGUUCAGCUGCCGUCCUGGCUCCCGGCCGGUGCUCUUCAACUUCGGGGACUCCAACUCCGACACGGGCGGCAUGGCGGCGGCCAGGGGGUGGCACCUCACGCGCCCGGAGGGCCGCGCCUUCUUCCCGCGCCCCACCGGCCGCUUCUGCGACGGCCGCCUCACCAUCGACUUCCUCUGUGAAAGCUUGAACAUCAGCUAUUUGAGCCCAUUUCUGAAGGCAUUGGGUUCCAAUUACAGCAACGGUGCAAAUUUUGCCAUUGCUGGUGCAGCAACACUACCACGAGAUGUUCCAUUUGCGUUGCACAUACAAGUGCAAGAGUUCUUGUACUUCAGAGAUAGAUCCUUGGAACUCAGCGAUCAAGGUCUGAGUGGUCCAAUCGAUGCACAAGGGUUCCAAAAUGCUCUAUAUAUGAUAGACAUAGGGCAGAAUGAUGUAAACGCUCUUCUGUCCAACUUGCCCUAUGAUCAAGUUAUUGCCAAGUUCCCACCAAUUCUUGCUGAGAUUAAGGAUGCUGUCCAGACUCUAUAUAGCAAUGCUAGCAAAAACUUUUGGAUACAUGGGACGGGGGCUCUCGGUUGCCUGCCACAGAAGCUUGCCAUACCGCGGAAAAACGACAGCGAUCUUGAUCAGUAUGGCUGUCUCAAGACCUAUAACAGAGCUGCAGUUGCGUUCAACACAGCACUGGGCAGCCUCUGCGAUGAGCUAAGCGUGCAGAUGAAGGAUGCAACGAUUGUAUACACGGAUCUGUUCCCCAUCAAGUAUGAUCUUAUUGCCAACCACACUAAAUAUGGUUUUGACAAGCCGCUGAUGACAUGCUGUGGGUAUGGAGGGCCUCCCUACAACUACGAUUUCAACAAGGGUUGCCAGUCUAAGGAUGUGACGGCCUGCGAUGACGGCUCAAAGUUCGUCAGCUGGGAUGGCGUGCACCUAACAGAGGCGGCCAAUGCAGUUGUGGCCAAAGCGAUACUGAGCUCACAAUACUCCAAGCCCAAUCUCAAGUUUGAUCAGUUCUGCAGAGUCUGAUACUUGUUCAUACCUCAUACCUGUGCCUUUUAGUUUAGGCAAAUUUACUGAACAGAACUUGGCACUUCAAGUCUAAAUGGGUGGAUCCGCUUCUGAUAAAUCGAUUACAUGUUUACCCGUCAGGGAAUGUGACCGAUAGUGCAAUA